AUGACAAUUGGGUCGCGACAGCGCUCCUCAUCGAACAUAUCCAACAUAUCCAAUACCUCCGACCGAUCAGGCCGUCGCGGUCCUCCAACCCCCCUCUCCGCUAAUCGCUCCAACCUCGGCGUCCCAACCGACCUGCUCUUGAACGACGUCCCCAGCGUCUCCUCGCCCCCCUCAUCCCUCCUCAUACCCUCCGGCGGCACCAGCUCUCCAUACCCGCUACUAUCGCCCGGGAGCGCCUCCUACUCGACGAGCCCGCGGGCGAGGGCGCACACCGUUGCGGACCCGAAGCUGGUCCAGAGGCAGCACAGCUACCUGACAAAGCCAAGCAUGCAUCCGUAUCUUCCUCCUCCACCCCCCCAGCCAACGGCCACCCCCUCUUCUCAUGGCAUGAACCUUCCGCCGCCUCCCCCGAGGCCGACGAACAACAUUGGCGCCAUCCAACUGCCGCCUCCACCGCAGCAGCAGAGCUAUGCCUGGGGAGCUCCACGACAGUACCAACCGCAAGGCUAUAACCCAAGCCUCUAUCAGGGUUACGAGCGAAACAUCCCUCCUCCGCCGGGCCCACCACCACCACAACAAGAGGCACCGCUGACUUCCGCAACAUACAUCCCCGGCGGGGAAUCGUUUGGUCCUGGCGUCGGUAUUCCACCGCUUCACACAAGCAGGCAGUACUCAGAACCCGCCUACUACCGGGAUGAUACCCAGACGUAUUCGGCUACCACGGAUGGGUCAACUACGAGUUUUCCUACCCCCCAAGAAAAUACACAGUAUGGCGCUGGUACCGGAUACAACAUUCCCCCUACUCCAAGCGGGCGUGGAGGGCACCUCAAUAUCCCUACCGACAGGGCUCAAACCUAUGACUCCCCCGGGCCGCCCACGGCCACCCUACAUAACCCACAAACCCAUGGCAGCAUCUACCGGCACACGGAAAGCACCGGCCCGACUCCCAUUUCGCCGCAUGACGCUAGCGUACAAUGGCCUCCCGAGCGUGUCCAGGUGUGGCUGGCCAAUAACGGAUUUUCUCGAGACUGGCAAGAGACAUUCAAGACGUUGGACCUCUAUGGCCCACGAUUUCUGGAAAUCGGUCGUGGCCAUGGUGGGAAAGGAAAUGUUGCCAUGAUGCACCAGGUCAUCUUUCCGCAAUUGGCGAAGCAGUGCACGGCGAGCGGGACUGGUUGGGACCAGAAUCGUGAAAGAGAUGAGGGCAGGAAGUUGCGCAGACUCGUUCGCGCCAUCGUCGAGACCGGAAGCUCAAGCAAUGCCCGAAUGCCGACACGCUCAGAUACCGGUAUGACGCUGGCCAGCGCAGGGACAGAAGGUACUCUCGAGAAUUCCCCAUAUCUUGGUGGCAGGAUGGAUUUCUCAACGCCAACAACCGCUGGGGGUGGCGAAGAUAGUCCUGGGCGGCAGAUGCCGCUGAACUCACCCGGUUCGACAACUGCGCCUAGGCGAAUAUCAACACAGCGGAACUUCACGAUCCCUGCGCUCGGACCGCCCCCCGACUAUAGCGACCCGUCAGGUCGAAGUGCUUAUUCUAAAGAAAUACUGCGUGACCUCGGAUCCUCAUCCAAGAAACACAGCCCAAGCGCCUCUGGCGAAUUUGGACCCUCGUCUUUCGGCACGACAAAUUAUCGGGAAGCCAUCAGGCAAGCAAGCCCGCAACAAAGCCCUAGGCUGCAGUCUGCCCGCCUCGCAAGCAAUGGUCAACUCAGCGCAGGGUUGAGCUCGUCAGCACCACGGUAUUACCAACAACACCACCGGGCCAACAGUUCGGAAUCAAAUCUUUCAACCUUUGCCACCGCCGGAUCCAUUGCAGGGUCGGGGCCUCCGUCUGGAAGGUCGUUUGAUGGCCGCUCCGAAAGCCGUAACGACAGUCGAAGAAACGGAUAUGAUGGCUCACGGCCUGGAACAGGCAUGUCCAGGCACGAUAGUGCAGAGAUUCCUACCAGUGCGAAGGAGGUGCAUAAGGGCUUCUUACCCAAGUUCAUGCGCAGAGAGAAGAAGAAGGAUGACACCCAUCCGUCGCCCGAUGAAUCCAGCAUAGACUCUCCUACGAGUCCAGCAAGUCAUCGACAUCAACCGGCGGGGUCAUUCUUUGGUAAACCUGGCAUGAACUCAAGUGAGACAUCGCUAAAUGACCGCCCCCCUUCACGGCGCUCUGCUCAAACUGAUACAGAAAGCCGAACAACGGGUCGUGGAAGGGCGUCGACGAGGGACGGAGAACGGAAGUUCGUAUUUGUCACUCCGGAUGGUUGGAAUUACCGCUUGGUCGACGUCUCUAACGCAGACUCUGCUUUGGCGUUGCGAGAAGCAAUUUGCGUCGGACUUGGAGUUCCAUUUGUACCUGGAAUCGAAUUGCACCUUACCUCCCCUGGCCAAGCCGACCAUGACGAGGCUCUUUCCGACUCGAAGUUGCUAAAAGCUCGAUCACAAUGGGGAAACCGGUUUGGGGAUCUCAAGAUCUACCUCACCACACCACCGUCGGUGCCUCCAUCUGCCGGACUGGGUGUCAUUUUCCCGACAUCAUCUCGCAGGCCCGUUGAUGAGCUCACUUAUGCACGCUUGAAUGACAACUCCCAGUUGGAUUCACCUGAUGUGAAAUCAGGUGAAUCCACACUCGUCCCUGAUAAGACUGCGAAGCUGCGUAAGCUUGCUGAGAAGCAUGAGCUGACCCCUGAAGCUGUCGCAGAGCGGUUGAAUGGCGGAGGCAGGGCACCUGAGCCUUCGUGGAAUGUAGGGGACGACUUGCCAGAAGAAGAACGAAAGAAACUACUCGAAGCGGCGGCAGAGCACAAACGAGAGACGCAGCGCAAGCAGGAACAAUACCUUCGGAAGCGACAAGACAAGCUAAAGAAAGACUCUCCAGAUCCGGGUUCAUCCUCGAGGGCUGAUAUCUCAUUCCAGAGUCCUAGUGUCAUUGACUUUGAUAAUCGUCGCGAGUCUCCAUACGAGGAUAAGAAACACUUCGAAGAGAAUAGGAAGAGCAAGCAGUUGGUGCCGCUGCGAGAGCCACCUCCAGUACCGCCCGACUCAAGUACUCUUAUUAAAGCCAACUCACUGACGAAGAACAAGAAGGAUCGCACGUCGUGGCCUGACGGCGAGGAAGUUGAAGCAAAGAGGCGAUCGACAGAUUCGGAGCCGGCGAAGCGGAAGGCUAUUCCCCAAGGUCCAAUGGGUUUGUCUAGCAUUGGCGCAGCUAUUAUAGGAGCCGGUAAGGUCGGUGGGUUGGUUGGAGCCGCGAACGCAGCGCCACCAAAACCUCCACCAAAAGACCCUGCUCGAGAGGUUUCUUCCGAGAACAUCCGUCCAUCUCAGAGGGUCUUGCAAUCAAGCGGGUUUGGGCAGUUAUCAGGCUCCGGCAGGAGUAGUCCAGGUGGGUCACCUCGUAGCCCUGGGUCUUUUACUAUGAGCAAAGGCAAUGUUCCCUUCAAGAUUCCUGACUAUGAGGAAGAUGUGCCCAAUGACCUCUCCCUUGAGAGGCCGAGUCUCACACUUAAAAUGCCGACUGCGACGAACCCUGCAAUCUCCAAACUCAAGGAUGAGCAAAUUCCGAAAGGGAAAUCGCCAGAUGUUAGCCCUCAUUCAGCGCGACCACCACCAUCAAGUCUGUCAAGAGAACCAUCGAGGGUGUCUGUGUAUGGACCCACGAUCGAUUUUGAAGAGGCAAGAGUAUCGUUCCAUUCCAAGUCACCAAUGCUGGAGGCUGUCGAUUCCGAUGACGAUUCUGACGAAGGUCUGUUUGCCAAGCCCCUCGCAAAGAUUGGUCCACCUACACCUUCGAAAGAUGGCUUGUCUACUCCCAGUGACCUUCGCAGUCAACGACCAUCGCUCACACUCAAGACGUCGAGGUCUAAGAACUCUCUAGACAAAGUCGCGGACAGGUCAGCUGAACAUAGCGCGGCCACAGAUGAGACCAAAAACUCGCAGCCUAGCGACUUCCUUCCCGAAUCGGCGGCCUCUGCUACCUGGACUGACUCACCCGACGAUAACAACAGAUUCAUGCGCCGCGAGUCAUUCGUCAGUGACCUUUGGGCCAAUCGUCCUCCAGCGGAAGCACUUGUCGAGCACCUCGACGAGUUCUUCCCCAACGUCAACCUCGAUCAGCCUAUGCUCGAGGAAGAUUUUACCGAUACAGAUGCAUCGACUGAAUUGACAGGCGAGUUUUCCAAAGAUAGUCGCUCCAUUACGCCGAUGUCUUCCUUUGAAGAUAACAAGAGUACCAUCGGCCCAAGUCUAAAACGAGGCGAUAUCGGAUUGCAGUCAAUCGCUCAGCGCAACAUCCGCAAAUCGGGAGUGGGUCUUGGUCGUACCAAGUCUAUUCGUGAGGUGGUCAAGUCGCAAUACCAACCACUAGACAAGAAGUCGCUGCCUGGCAUAGGAGCUGGUCCCUCUCGUGUUGCCACACUCCGAAGCAGCGGUGAUAUUGUACGUAGAAAGUCGACGAAGAUGUUUCACGCAAAGAUCGAGCAAGUCAAGCCUCCGCGAGGAUCAAGAUUGAUUCAACUAGAGACAAUCCCUCAAGACCACCUGCCUAUACCACAGCGUCAGCCAACGUUCAAAUGGAUGAAGGGUCAGCUUAUCGGAAAGGGCACUUUCGGACGCGUCUAUCUUGGCAUGAACAUUACCACUGGUGAGCUGAUUGCUGUGAAGCAAGUUGAGGUAAACCCAAAGGCGGCCGGAUCCGACAAAGACAAAAUCAAGGAACUAGUCAAGAGCUUGGACCAGGAGAUUGACACCAUGCAACAUCUGGAUCACCCCAAUAUUGUGCAGUAUCUCGGCUGCGAACGCAAAGAGUUCAGCAUCUCCAUCUUCCUUGAAUAUAUCUCUGGUGGUUCCGUCGGCUCCUGUCUCCGCAAACACGGCAAAUUCGAGGAAUCCGUCGUCAGCUCCCUGACUCGACAGACGCUCUGCGGCCUUGCAUAUCUGCACAGAGAAGGUAUUCUGCAUCGCGACCUUAAAGCUGACAACAUCCUCCUCGAUCUGGAUGGUACCUGCAAGAUCUCCGAUUUUGGUAUCUCUAAGAAAACUGACAACAUCUACGGCAACGAUAUCACCAACUCGAUGCAAGGUUCCGUCUUCUGGAUGGCUCCGGAGGUCAUUCGAUCGCAAGGCCAAGGCUACUCCGCCAAGGUUGAUAUCUGGUCCCUCGGCUGUGUGGUACUUGAGAUGUUUGCGGGAAGGCGGCCGUGGUCGAAGGAAGAAGCCAUUGGUGCGAUUUACAAGCUGGGCAGCUUGAACCAGGCACCGCCUAUUCCAGAAGAUGUAUCGAGGGUCAUUGGAGUUGAGGGUUUGAGUUUUAUGUAUGACUGCUUCACGAUUGACCCAGCUGAGCGUCCCACGGCUGAAACACUCUUGCGAUCGCCUUUCUGCUUCUCUGAUCCGCAUUACAAUUUCCUAGAUACGGAGUUGCAUUCAAAGAUUCGCGGCGCCUUCUAG